CGCUUGUCUUACCUUUCACUUCCCGGUAGUGAAAAUGGUGGCGUUGAAAAUGCAGCUCCUACUCACAUUUCCUUUGCUAACAGUUAUGUGUAGCUUAUGUUCUGCUCUCUAUUUUCAUAUAGGUGAAACGGAGAAAAAAUGUUUUAUAGAAGAAAUUCCGGAUGAAACCAUGGUUAUAGGGAAUUACCGCACUCAACUCUAUGAUAAGCAAAGAGAAGAGUACUUGCCUGCCACUCCAGGUCUAGGGAUGUUUGUGGAAGUUAAGGAUCCAGAUGAUAAGGUUAUUCUCUCCAGGCAAUAUGGAUCUGAAGGAAGAUUUACCUUUACAUCCCACACACCUGGAGAGCAUCAAAUCUGCCUCCAUUCCAAUUCCUCCAAAUUUGCUCUGUUUGCUGGAGGAAUGCUGAGAGUUCACCUUGAUAUUCAAGUUGGUGAACAUGCUACUGAUUAUGCAGAGAUUGCAGCUAAGGACAAACUGACUGAACUUCAGUUACGAGUCCGGCAGCUAAUUGAGCAGGUGGAACAGAUUCAAAAAGAGCAGAACUACCAAAGGUACCGUGAGGAGCGUUUCAGACAAACAAGUGAAAGUACUAACCAGAGAGUUCUUUGGUGGUCAAUUAUUCAGACCCUCAUUCUUGUUGCAAUUGGUUUCUGGCAAAUGAGACACCUCAAGAGCUUUUUUGAAGCCAAGAAGCUUGUGUAAAUGUGUCCAUAAUUAAAUUAAAUCACUGUAUGCAGUAUGGAGGAGAAGCACAGUCAACAUCAUUUUACAUAUGUCUAAAUCAAAUAGGGCCUGUGUGACCUUUAUUUUGUGAAGAAUUUGUUGGUUAAAGGAUAAUUUGGUCUUCCAGCUGAGCCAGUUGAGAUUAUUUUAAUUUCCACAGCCCAAACUCAAAAAAGAGCCUCAUCCAAAAGUAUGUGUACUUUUGUAUUUUUAUUUUUAUUUUUUUUUUAAAGUAACAAAUUGUACAUUUAUUUUGUCAAUGGUUAGUAAGUUGAUGUGGAAUGAUUAAUGGGUUGCUUUUUGUGUAUUAACCAAUGCCCAACAAACUCUUACCAAUAUAAAGGUUAUUGUUUCUUGCAGUGUGGCAAGAGAACACUUUUUUCUCCCUCACUAAAUGUAUUUGUUGUUAAAAAUGUAGGAAACUUGAAAGGUCAUGGUUGGUCAUUAUUGCAAUGUCUCCAGUUGCAAGGUUCUAGAAACAUGUUUCUUUUUAUGAAAGUACCAGUUCUAAUGAUUAGCAAAGGAUAUGCGCUAGCAAAUGCAGAAGACUUUAACUGAAUGUUUUCAACAUUAAACUACCAUCGGUCACAUCAGCAAAACUGCCCUGGUUAUAUGAAAAAUGACUGUUUACCUGAAAUCUAUCAUUGAGCUAUUAUUUCAUGUUCUUGACCAUAAAAAUACACAAUUCUGUAACCAAUGUGCCUGUUAUAUUUGAAAGAUGUUUAAAGAGUAAUGUGUUUUUUUAAUAUUACAAUUUGUAGUUACUAAGUGGAGAUAAAACAUUACUCUGAACACAAUCUUGCAGUUCUUUUAGUAUUUAUUACCUAUGAUCAUAGCUUUAUAAUUUUUUUCAUAAAGAAAACUUAAAUGCUAAACAAAAAUGUUGUAAGAUAAAAUUAAAGUUCAGAUAGGUGAGCCCAUUUGUUUCCCAUUGUGUAUUGUGCUGCAAGUUACUUUCAGAGAACGGUCAAAUGUCAUCUGUUGUUUUGAGAUCCUAUUUAAAGGAUGUCAGUUUCUGUUGCUUAAUUGUGUUAGCUAAUACACAGCAAUUUUUUUUUUUAGUACAAACUAUGGGUUAAACUACUAUAGUGCAUUUAAAAAGACAUUUCCUAGAAUGGAUCUAGAGGUUUUCAGUGGGAAAUUUAAUUAUUUUGAUGUGUGUGUAUAUAUAUGUAAAAAUUAUUUGAUUUUUCAUCAUAGUGAAUAAUCGGGUUUGCCAUUAAAUUUUCCUGUUCAUAGUUUAAACUGUGAUAAAUAGUACUGUUUUGUUGAGCUAAGCUGCUGGUAAACAACAAUUAAAGUAGUUACUUUUUAUUUUCUUUUAUUUAGCUUAUUUUCCUUCAGCAACAAAUCGGUAUAUACUAAUAUAACUUUCAUACUGUUCAUGACAAGAAUGAUUGUAAAUUUUAGAACCACUUAAACUGAGUGUUUUUAAUUGUCCGGCAUAUUAUUUGAUAUAUUAAUUGACAUCAUUGCUGUAUUGUAUCAUAGAUCACAUCUUGGUAGUCCUUGUUACUGAGUUUGCUAACCCUUUUGACUUUUGAAAAGUGAAAAUCUACAUGUAAAAGAUGCUUUAAAUCUGAAUUUCAGUCACAGCUUUUGAGACAUGUUUCAGAAGUUAAUCAUUAAGUUAAAUCAUUAAUCAUAAGUUAAAAAAAAAAAGUAAAAAUGUAUUAUAAAGAGGAAAGAGUGAAGAUUUUUGUGUUUUACUCAGCUUUUUAUUCUGUGGUAUGUUUGUAUAUGCCAUCAUUUGCAUGACAAUACUGUGCAGCUGAUAAACUGUGUUUGCUGCAUUCAGGGCAGUUAAGUUGCAUAUAUUCUUUAUUGUCUGUUCAGACAUUUACAUUCUUGUUUUUCCUGUUCAGAAUUUACAUUGUAAGAUCAAAGAAAAAAUUCAAAUACCAUACAACAGAGUAUUGCAUUAAAAGUACAUUACAAAAUAUAAAAUGUACAGUAUCUAUUGAAAUUAUUGUUAAAAGUGGUUUAACCUUUUUAGUAUUGUUUUACUGGGAUGUGUACUCUGUUGCUUGUCUCUUGUCAUGCUAUUUUUAUGAAGGGAUAAAAUUAUAUUUCACUAUACGUGGUUGGGGAAGAAAAAAUACAAAGUAAAGGUGGUGUACUCUAGAAAUGAUAUACAGAAAUGGAAAGCUUUUAUCCUGCCUUUGCUCAACUUGUCAUUUUGUUGUUUUGGUUGCACUGAGCUUACCCAGGUUUCUGAGUAAUAUGGGAAAA